AUGCAGUGUCCUCCGUCGUCACCUCCGCGCGAAGUGACAGCAGCAGCUGCGGCCGCUGCUGCGGCUAAAUUGCUCCCUGGUUUCAGUCCCUCGCCGGACGGCCUUGGAGCUGGCACCCUCGACGCCAAAGGAAAGACGCAGCCGUUCAAGAUCUACCACGACCCGGAGGUACCCUCAAUGAACGGAUUUUAUCCCACUCCUUUGCCCACGUCCCAGGCAGAUGCCAGUUCACCCACGCGCUCACCGCGUGGGGUCGAAACAGGUCGCGUUGCGCUAUCACAGGUCGCGUUCGUUAAGCUUCCGCUCGAUGGUACAACUGUUACGGUCGGCCGGUCUUCCAAGUCUAGCAAGAUUGCUCUAACUGCCACAAACAAGCUUGUUUCUCGAGUCCACGCAAAAAUCCACUACGACCCGGCUCGAUUGGUGGUCAUUGAGUGCUUGGGGUGGAACGGGCUCACCGUUUACGUCCCGUGUAUUAUCAAAAACGAGCGGGUUCAGAAGGAAUACAAGGUUGUUAAGGAUCAAACUAUUUAUAUUGAGCGGGUGGAUGGCAUUUCGCUUAAUAUCCAUGGCGAGCGUGUAAUCAUUGAAAUUGAGCAGCCUGACCUUAUGAUGCAUUCUAGCGAGGCCACCGAGGAUGAGUACCCUGAAAUUUCGGGUCUGCCGUCCAGCCCGCUAUCCAGGUCUGGCGAUGAGCUAGCCAUUCGCAUUGCACAGGAGCUUGGGGCCGGGGCCCAGCUCGCCGAGCCCAUUGCUCUUCACUCAAACACCACAGGACCGCUUCCAGUCACGGUUGUUAAACCUGCCCAGCCAGAAGCUGCUAUUGAGGUGCCUGCUGAGCCUACAGUUGUUGCCGAGGUAGUCCCGAAACCCGCAGCCGCUGAAGUUACCAAGGCACUUGAAACAGAGCUUAGCAAGGAGCCCGUGAAACCACUAGCGACCGUGGCAGAAGCAGUAGAAGCAGCAGCUGAGGUGCAGCAUACAGAAAAGCCCAAGAAACACAGAUACUCUAAGGAUUUGCCCGAGGCAAAGAAAGCUAAAUCAGCAGUCGACCAUGAAGAAGCCAGCAAACUGGCAAUUAAUCACGUUGCAUUCUCCCGACUUGCCAGCACGCCGCUGUCAACGAUUGCCCGCUCAUCAUCCGUUUUGGCCAGUCUACCCAGCCUGGAGCUCGAAGGGUUACUAGCAAAUGUACCAUACAUCGGAGUCAUCCAGCGUCCAGGAAAAGACGCACUUGGAAAGCCCCUUGAAAACGAAUAUUACUACAUGCCCGAACAUGAUGACGAUCUCACCCGGCGUCAACUUGUUGCAGAGUCCAAGGGGGCCCGCACGUUGCGGUCCUGUCGCAAAACCCACAAGCAGUACUUUUACAAAAAGCCCCGGAUUUGA